AUGAACCCCUUGUUGCCGCCUGCCCACCGCCCGCUCACCGCCCAGGAGACCCGUGCCAAGAUAGCGGCACUGAAAGCUCGUCGCAACAGCUUCUUGCAGGAGAGGGGCACCUCAGCGGUCCCAGGUGCCCCGGCUAUUGCAUCAGCUAGUGGUGCCUUUGUGGCUGGGAAUACACAAGCUCCAUUGGCUCAGAGUGCUCUGCCCGAUGUGAGCCCUCGUCCUCCUUCGUUUGACAGUGCAUGGAGGAUGGAAUCGAAAGACUUGCAUUCACUUCAUGUGGUUCCUCCUGCCGAACCGUAUGUGAACCAAACCCUGACCCUUCCUGAUACACCGGUGCCACCCACGCAGGAAGCAGGUGGGAAAGAAGGUGAUACGCCUCCGCUGUCUCAAGGUGGUCAACCACAGGGUCAAGAUGGCCCUGGUGUGGGUGACCAACUGCAGGCUCAGGAUGGUGGCCAGGGUGUGGGUGACAAUGUGAUCGAUCUCACUAAGGGUGAGGGUGGAAAGGAUCGUCCAACGGCAGUGGCAGGGGAUGGGGAUGAUGGGAUGCCACUUGGGUAUUCCCCAGGUUCCCCAGUGCCAUCAUCUGUGGUACCCUCGACCGCUCAUGCAGCAGAGUCAGCAGAGUCUGAAAACAAGUUUGACAAGUACUACCACCAGAUUCGGCGCUAUUGUGACCCGAAGUACAAGACACAGGUCAAGGCUUCAAAGGAAGUGCUGCAGUUGUACAACACUGAUGAAGGUCGUGACAAGCUCCGGGCUUUGCUCAAGACUCAUGGUUCCUUCAAAAGUGUGGAGGAUGUGGAUGGAGGCAUGCUGGAGUCCCAAUUUGCUGGGGAGGAUGCAAACGCAGCAGUUCCAGAAUCUGCUGAAGACCGUGUUAAGCAAGCAGCUGUUGUGGCUGCUGCAGGCAAGAGCAAGCUGGUGUUUCCGACUAUCCAGCGAAAUGAUUCGCCAUUUGCUGUAUUACCCACAUUCAUCAAUGUACUGUGCAAGAAAGUCGACUCAGCAACUGACGCCAAGGACCGUCUUAUCGCGAUGAAGAUUCCCCGUGCAACAGAGAUGGCCAAAGAGAUGGAGAAGUUGCUCACGAGUUUGAACAGCCUGUAUGGCAAGUUGAGUGCCAAGCAAGCUGACUACCUUGCCAUGGAUACCUCCAAACCUGAGAGUCUUGAGGCCAAGAAGAACGAGGUGAUGGGACUUUUUGCACAGUGCACAAAGGAUGAUGUGACACUUAACAACUACCUCACUCGGAGCAAGAUUCUCAAAUGCCAUUUAGAACUUAUGGCUAUAGCUGUGCAUUGUCUUUUUUAUACAUGCAUGAUCGAAUUACCUGAGCUCCUCCUGAGGAAUAUCAAGAAGCCAACUGAGUCUGUGGCUGCAAAGAAAUCGUUGAAGCGGAACCCGCCUUCGGGAGAGGUCGCAAAGGCCAAGAAAGCAAAGAAGUAG